CACAACGUCAACUUGAACACUCGUCGCGUCUGACAUCGUAUCCUAUACCUCAAACAUCAUGGACGGCAUCACCAACGUCCCCAUUGCACACCUCAAGAAGGGCGAGGUUAACCUCGGUACCUCGAUCAUGGCAGUGCAGUUCGACGGCGGCGUGGUUAUUGGCGCCGACACGCGGACGACGACGGGGUCGUAUAUUGCAAACCGCGUCACAGACAAACUCACGCACAUCCACGACCGGAUCUACUGCUGCCGCUCGGGCAGUGCGGCGGACACGCAGGCCGUCGCGGACAUUGUGCACCACCACGCACAAGUCUACACGUCGGUGUACGGCGGCGCGCCGAGCGUUGCGACCGUCGCUGCGCUCUUCGAGAAGCUUUGCUACGAGAACAAGGACCAGCUGAGCGCCGGCAUCAUCGUCGCGGGCUGGGACGAGGAGAAGGGCGGGAGCGUGUACAAUAUUCCCCUUGGCGGCGGGAUCUUCCAACAGCCGUGGGCUAUUGGUGGCUCCGGCUCCACCUACGUUUACGGCUACUGCGACGCGACCUACCGCGAGGGCUGGGGGGAAGAGGAGACUGUCAACUUUGUCAAGAACACUCUCGCCCUCGCCAUGUCGCGUGACGGCUCGUCUGGCGGCUGCAUCCGCAUGUGCGUGAUCAAAGACUCUGGCGUUCGUCGCAUCUUCGUGCCCGGGAACGAGCUGCCACGCUUCUGGGAGGGCAAGGAGGUCCUGGGCUCGAGUGCUGGCGCGACGGCGUCGGUGCCAGGCGUUGUUGCGGCGUAACGAGCGCCGCAAGCGAGCAUACAGAUGAGCCCAGGGCAUAGAAGUGUAAUGAUAGAUGCAGACGCUAUUUUCAGACCGGGUUGGUGCUGAGACAUGGUGGGGUCCUACUGUCUCCCGACCAUGGCUGAUCGCGCUGAAGUGGGCUCGAGGAGGCCGAGAAUGUUUGAUGCAUGGUUGAUGACAUGAA